GCUGUAAAACGCUUGGUUACCAUUUUGAGUAAAAUUUUGACACUUCCGCCGGCUGCAGCUGUCAAAAUUCUUUCUUUUCGUUGUUAUUACGACGGUAGUUUGGUCCCACACAACCAAUCAAAAUGAAAUUGAACAAGUUUGUGUCGUCGUCGCGCAGGAAGAACCGCAAGCGCCACUUCCAGGCCCCGUCACACAUCCGCCGUCGCCUGAUGUCCGCCCCUCUGUCCAAGGAGCUGCGUCAGAAGUACAACGUGCGCUCGAUGCCCAUUCGUCGUGACGAUGAGGUUCAGGUGAUCCGCGGCCACAACAAGGGCAGCCAGGUCGGCAAAGUUGUCCAGGCCUACCGCAAGAAGUUCGUCGUCUACAUUGAGAAGAUCCAGCGUGAGAAUGCGAACGGCACCAACGUCUACGUUGGCAUCCACCCCAGCAAAGUUUUGAUUGUUAAGCUGAAGCUGGAUAAGGAUCGCAAGGCCAUUCUGGAGCGUCGCAGCAAGGGACGUCUGGCUGCUCUGGGCAAGGACAAGGGCAAAUACACCGAAGAGACUGCCGCUCAGCCCAUGGAGACGGCGUAAAUGCUCCCUCCCAAGCACCUAACACCAACAACAACUGUUAUUUGUGUGCAGCAGCAGCAACAAAAACAACAACGACGUCGCUGUUUACAGUUUUUUACCGUAACGCUUAGUGUCAAUGAGAAUUGGAAGAUAUUGUGUGAAGUGAGAAAAUGCCGCAAUUCUUUUACAAUAAAGAAGAGUUGAAUUUUCCCAAAAUUUGUAAAUUACAAA